UGCCCGCCUGCCUUCCCGGGCCCAAGCGCGGCGAGAUGGCUGCCGGCGCCGGCCUCGACUGCCUGGAGCGGCACCUGCCCGCCGCCGAACUCGCAGAAGCCCAGCGGAUCCUCUACGGGGAGGCCGUCAGGCCACUAGAUCUGCCUUCUGCUGCUAUAUCAGCUGCUGCUGAUAGGAAAUUUGAACUACAGGGCUACAGAUUUGAAGCUGAACCAGAACAGUUGAGGCAGCCACGUAUUGUCCGAGUGGGACUGAUCCAGAAUAAGAUUCCGCUUCCCACAGAUGCACCCAUUGCUGAACAGGUAACUGCACUACACAAGCACAUUGAAGAGAUUGUGGAGGUGGCAACUAUGUGCGGGGUAAAUGUCAUCUGUUUCCAAGAGGUCUGGACAAUGCCUUUUGCUUUCUGUACGAGAGAGAGGCUGCCUUGGACUGAAUUUGCCGAAUCAGCAGAAGAUGGCCCAACCACAAGAUUUUGCCAGAAGCUAGCCAAGAAACACAAUAUGGUUGUGGUGUCUCCAAUCCUGGAGAGAGACGUUGCGCACGGAGACACCUUGUGGAACGCUGCCGUGGUGAUUUCGAACUCGGGUGCUGUGCUUGGGAAGAGCAGGAAGAAUCACAUCCCAAGGAUUGGGGACUUCAACGAGUCCACGUACUACAUGGAAGGGGACAGAGGACACCCCGUGUUCCAGACUCAGUUUGGGAAGGUUGCUGUGAACAUUUGCUUUGGGCGCCAUCAUCCCCUCAACUGGCUCAUGUACAGCUUGAACGGAGCAGAGAUCAUCUUCAAUCCUUCUGCUACUAUUGGGAAACUCAGUGAGUCCAUGUGGCCCAUUGAAGCGAGGAAUGCCGCCAUUGCCAACCACUGCUUCACCUGCGCCAUCAACCGUGUCGGGACGGAAGUUUAUCCAAAUCCCUUUACCUCAGGAGAUGGUGGAGAGGCCCAUCGUGAUUUCGGUUAUUUUUACGGUUCAAGUUACGUGGCUGCUCCAGAUGGGAGUCGAACCCCUGGACUCUCCCGCACCCAGGAUGGGCUUCUGGUGACUGAGAUGGAUCUAAAUCUUUGCAGACAAGUUAGUGAUAAAUGGAAUUUUAAGAUGACUGGGAGAUACAAGAUGUAUGCUGAGGAGCUUGCGGCUGUGGUUGAGCCCAGCUUUGUACCCAAUAUUAUCAAGGAGUAGCUUGCCUUGACUGCCCAGGGAAGGUGGGACAAGACCCACCUCUUUUGUCUUCUGCAGUGAACACCCCAGAACCUCAACAUGCAUGACCGGCGACUCCUUGUAGGAACGUUGGCUGGGAUCAGAAGAGCUCCCUUCAGCAGGCCCAGUGGGACUUUGGGCUUUCUUUGAACCGCAGGGCCUCUUCCCCCUGCCUCUACCAUGUCAAAAGCAGGCCCCCUUGGAAGCUUGCUAAGCGGCACAGCAGCGGUGGGGGAAGACUGAGGCACACGUCUAGUGACGCACAACAUUUUAAAAAUGGCUACAACGUGGCUUAACAUUUUCAUCUAUAGCUUAACACCAGCAUAAGGAAAUGUUUUAAUUCAGGGUGAUCUUUAAGCCAGAUGCUUACCAGGGGACUGGGGCUUUGCAAAGGUGCACAUAUCUGACCAGUCAGACAUACAAUGGAAGUAUAAACCUUCCUGUAAAAAAGUAAGAGAAACAAAUGAAGCCACCUUUUCUAUGCGCUGCAGCACAGCCAUGGUUGUAAAAAGGCUUUAGCUGAGCUAAGAAAUCAUUUAAGACAGCAAUCCUAUACCCAUUUACCUGUAAGCCCGAUUGAAUUCAGAUUAACAGUGCCUAAGGAAUUGCACUGUUAAUCUAAAGAUACUUGUGUUUCCAGUCAGAACUUGUGGAAUAGAUGCACAUUUCUGUGAAAGCUUUCUUGGAAUGGAAAAAAAAGCCUCGUUUCCUGUUUCUCACUUCCCCUGAUAAAAUCAAAUUUCAUAUUGCAAGUUCUUCAGGAUAUUUUUUUAAAAAUUAACAACUAACUGUAUUCAGCAAAGAAAGUUGGCAUGCACUGUGUAUUCGCAUUAACAACUUAAAUCUUUUAUUGAGAGUGACUUACAAACAAAAUAUAGUUUGCAUAUAAAAUGUAUCGGCAAGUAAAAUAUCCCUUUUGUUGUUA